AUGCGGGCCUUGGCGCGACUCCAUGCCGACGUCGGAGGGGAGGGCUCGCCGGAGGCCGCCGAGUUCAACCGCGAGGCAGACAAGACGCUGAACGCGCUGGUGGAGAAGUGCUGGGACGAGGAGGCCGGGGCGUUCUUCGACCUGUCUGGCGUGGAUGAGAAGCCGCUGAAGACGGCCGGAGCACUUCUGGACCCGUACCCGCUGCCCUCGGUGCCGGCGUCGGACCCCAAGUUCAUGCCGGGCAACCCGGGCGGCUUCAUCUGGCGGGGGCCGUCGUGGAUGAACACCAACUACUUCCUGUCGCACUCGCUGCGGGGGCAUGGCUAUCCCGAGCUGAGUGAGCCUCUGGUGGAGAAGAGCAAGGAGUGCAUCGCCAAGUCGGGGUUCAGGGAGUAUUACAAUCCCUACACGGCCGAGGGCCUAGGGGCCAGGGACUUCGGUUGGUCGACGCUGAUUCUGGACUUCUAG